UGGAUCAGACCCAGGAAGCGGGGAGGGGGGCAUGUAGAUGGGAUUGUUCAAAUCGAGUAAUGGCAAAUGAAAUGUGUGAAACCCGCAGUAAUCAAUCGCCUCGGCAGCUUUCAGACUUCCUGUGGGGAUUCAGCCAAACCUCCGGCUCACGCUGGAGGCCUCUGUCCCCGCCAGGGUGGAGGGAAUGGAUGGGGAACCUGCCCCUGAAAAGCAUGGCGGGUGCGAUUAUAGCUUGUAUUGGACCAGCUUCCGGUGGGGAAAGAGACAAGCUCCAAACAGCUCCAACCACACUGCAAACAAGGAGAGAAACAAAGGCUGGGCCCAGGGGGCUGGACCAACGUGAAUAGUGGGGUGCUGAGAGCCACUGAACCGAACUGUAACCCUGCAUGUGAUGGAAACCGCCUCCAGCCAGGGGGUGCGGCCAGCAGCCCCCCUACAUCCAGCACCUAUGGCAGAGCUUGGGGGGUCUCCUGGGGCGGUGUGCAUGCGUGCCAGAGAGAGCGAGCCUGUGCCUAGAGCCAGGGGGAGUGGAACACAAACACGGGACUAGCACAUCAGUCCAGGCGUUGCCUGGCUCUGGCAGGGGUCGGGGCCAGGUCACCUGGCUUUGAGGGCCUGGCUGGCCCCUGGGGCGCUUGGCUGGGAGAUGGGGCUGCCCACCCUGCUGUGCUGUGCUGUGCUCCCAGGAGGAGAGGCAGCCUUGCCUCCUGCUUCUCUCGAGGGUGCUCCCUGCUCACCCCUCUCCCCUGGCCUUCUGGACCACCUCAUCGGGCCCCACCCUGCAAGCCUCCCCAGCACACCCCUUGAGUCAGCCAAAUGACCUCCAGCCAGCCCGUCUGAGCCACACCCAGGAAACAGCUGUACACGCUCUGCCUCAGACCAGCCACUUCCUUGCCCUCAUGUCCCACCCCGACCUGCUGCCAGCUGAGGGGGGCGAGGAAGGGCCGGUCUGUGCUAUUCUAGUUCCCCAGUCUGCCUGGGAGAUCAGCUGGCAGCUCCUCCAUGGAGCUCUGAGCAUGGCCCGUACCUGGCGCAGUUCAUCACUCCCCUGGCAUCUGUUCCUUGUGCAGCUAGAGGGAGACGCUGGCAUGUGUCUGUGGAGGGUGCGUCACGUUGCAGCCCCUCCUGAACCUCUUCCUGAGAUUCUGAACCCCACCCCUCCUAAUUCACCCCCCCCCCACCCCCCAUCCAUGGCCCCACAAAGUUGUGGGACCUCCUCCUGGCCAUCCACCAUCCCAGGAAGAUAAAGCUGGAGGUGAUUGUAGGGCCUGUUUCUGCUCUGCACAGUCACGUCCCCGAGCAGAGGUCCUCUGGGCGGCGUCCACCGACACCUUUGAGGAGCAGCAGUCGUUCUGUGAUCCUCAGGCCCAUUCCAGUUUUUUUUCAUUAGUCGUCCCCCGUAUUUACUUUAUAGAUGGAGCUAUACCGAUCUCGUAGAGCUGGAAGGGACCCUGAAAGCUCAUCGAGUCCAGCCCCCUGCCUUCACUAGCAGGACCGAGCACUGAUUUUGCCCCAGAUCCCUAGGUGGCCCCCUCAAGGAUUGAACUCACAGCUCUGGGUUUAGCAGGCCAAUGCUCAAACCACUGAGCUUCCCUCCCCUACUUGUGGCCUGGGUCCGCUGCCCGCCCCCUUGGUUGAGGGGCAGGUCGUUAGCUUUGGGCAGGCUUAAGCCCACCUCUCCUGGUAAACGCAAUGGGACCUGGCUCAGUCCCAGCAGCUUCUGAAGCAGACCCAAGAAACCUGCUAGCAGCCAGCCAGGGAACGAGCUGCCCAGAGUGCAGGGGCGUGGGCGAGAUGGCUGGCAGCGUAGGAACGAGGGCGCAGCAGAGAGAUUUCAGGGGAGAAGCAGAAGAGACAGAAAAUCUAGGGGAGAAGGGAGAGCUCCUGGUGUAGGGCAAGAAAGAAACCAGGGGAGUGUGAGGGAGAGAGGCAUGGAAGAGAUGCAGGAAGAGAGCCCCAGGGCUAGUCCAGGGCAGAAGUGGAGCCUCCCAGCAGACUGGCCCAGCUCCCUCUUGACCCUGCUAGUGCCGGGCAGUGGGCUGCCCCACGGGGCUUGCUGCAGAGGGCUCUGCGCCAUGCCCCUGGGCUGUGCAUGCUGCCUCCCCGGCACGCCCUGGUGCACCUGCACCCAGAGCCCCAGGAUAGUCGCAUGGCGGAGGCACAGGGACCGGGGACCAGGCCUCCUGGGUUCUAUUUCUGAUCCUGCCACGGAGUCGCUGGCAGCCAGAUGCCCAGGAAGAAAGCCGUAGCGCCGCUGAGCAGCUUGUGCCUGGGCAGCGUGGCCAGGCACAUGCAGAGCGUGUGGGUGAAGGAUUACAGCGAGCACUACCUCGACGAGUACCAGUUCCGCUACGUCAUGGGGCCCUUCAACGAGCUGGCCGGCUGCUUAGUCCAGGACCUGCUCCAGCUACUGGGCGAGAGUCGGCGCCUGUCGCGGGCCGCGCUCCACCUGCUGCUCCUGCCCCACCUGACGGAGCUGAGCCUGCGCUCCUGUCCGGGCCUGGUCAGCAACGCCAUCACCCAGCUGAUCACGGUGCGGUGCAAGAACUUGUCCUCCCUGGACCUGAAGGGCUGCAGCCGGGUGCCGACGGCCGCGCUGGUGGACCUGCUGGAAGGCCUGCCGCGUCUGACCAAGCUGGGCCUGGCGGAGACGCAGGCCAACACGCAGGUGCUGGCGGCCGUGGGCUCCUGCUGCCGGCGCCUGCGGGAGCUGGACGUCUCGCACUGCCAGAAGGUGGCGCCGGACUCCCUGCUGCACCUGGCCUACGACCAGACCGAGAGCGCCCUGUGCUGCCCCGCGCUGCGGGUGCUGCUGGCCCAGGGGAUAGAGCCCAAGGGCCCCGGCCAGGACUUGGUCAGAGCCCUGGCCUUUCUGCUGCUGGCUCUGCCUCGCCUGGAGUUCCUGGCCAACAGCCACCUGAGGGAGGCCCUGGGUCUCAUUCACACGCAGCAGUUCAGCGGCGCGCAGGCCUUGCUGGGAUUCCCCUCGCUGGAGGAGCUGGCCCGGCGCAGGCAGGGUGCCCAUGCGGCCGGGGGCGACUCCUGGCUCACGCUGCCGCUCAGGCGGGUGGAGGAGGUGGAGGAGCCCUUCCUCCCCAUCUUCUGCUCCGUGUGCCCGGCGGUGGCGGAGGCAGCCGUGUCUCUCAGCGACGGCCCUGGCACCAGCUGGGGCAGCCUGGCCUGGAGCCGCCUCACCCAGCUCGCCGUGCACUGCACGGGGCACCGGGGGCGGGGGCUGGCCGAGAUGCUUCCCCUGGCUCAGGGCCUGGGAGGCCAGCUGCAGUCCCUCUCCCUCCACGGCUUCUCCUACGAUGACGAGUUUUCCUUCUGCGUCCUGCUGAACUGCUGCCGCAACCUCGCCGCCUUCAGCAGCCACCUGAGCGCCCCCGCGGGGCCCGGGCAGCCGGCCGAGGCUGUGCCCAACGGGGAGCCUGCCGCGGAGCCGCAGGACUGGGAGCUGGACCUGCUCCGCCACCCCUUCCCCAAGCUCCGCCACUUCAGCUUGGGCCUGGCCAGCUCGUGUCAGCCUCUCCCUUCCCAGCAUGCCGCCGUCCUGCGGGCGAGCCUGGCCUCGCUCCUCAGCCACUCCCCCCGCCUGGAGACCCUGGCCCUGCUCAGCAUCCCCUUCUCCCUGGACGGCGUGUUCCAGAAGGUGCUGGCUGCCCCCGGCGCCGCCCUCCGCAAUCUGCGAGAGCUGUCGCUGGCCGAGAGCCUGGUGUCCAGCCCGACCCUGCACUGCCUGCUGGCCCUGGACAAUGGGCUCAGCUCCCUGAACCUGGCUGGCUGCCCGGCCAUCCACCGCCGCGACUACGACCAGCUGCUCCGCACCGUCCGCAAGGAGAGGCUGGAGCUGGACAUCGCAUGGCAGUGAGGUGUCCUGCCUCGCCUGGGACGCUGCCCCGUGCCGCGGGAAGGAGCCCACUCGCACGCAGGCGCCAGAGAGCUGGAUUGAAUAAAGCAGAGUGAGCACA